AUGGAGUCGAAGCACGCCACCACCAUUCUAGUCAGAAGAUUCUUCCAAGAAGAUGGCGGCGCAGACACUUCAGGCAAUACCCUCUCAACUUCUGCCACCGCAUAUCCCAAUUUCCGGCCCUCAAAAGCGACCAUAAAAGCACCAGUUUCUCCUCCCACCUCAUCCGCUCUCGACAUCUCUAUGGCAUUAACAAUCCUUGUCCUACUCCUAGCCCUCUUCUUCAUGGCCUUUUUUUCACUCUACAUCCGCCGCCUCACCGCCGACGAUUCUGCCUCCUCCUCCGCUGACCACCGGCGGAGAAACCCAUCUCUGCCGUCGCCCAACAACCGCAAGGGCCUUGAUCCUUCUGCCAUCAAAUCAUUACCUUUGGUAGCUUGUCGUGUGGCCUCGAAGCACAGGAUUGAAGAAUGUACAAUCUGUUUAAGCGAGUUUGAGGAAAGAGAAAUUUUGAAAAUAAUCCCCUACUGCAAGCACGUGUAUCAUCCGAAGUGUAUAGACACGUGGCUGUCAUCGCACGUGACCUGUCCUCUGUGUCGGUCCUCUCAGCUGUUCGAGAAUGUCGAUGAGGUUUCUUUGGAUAUGAAGAAGCAAAUGAAUGACAAUUUUGUGAGUGGGGUUGGCGAGAGAUCAACGGUGGAUAAUGUUGCCCCGUGGAGGGACGAGGAGAGAGUUUAA